AUGUUUAGCAACAAGAGAAUUCUUCUGACAAGCAGACCUGAAAACGUUCCUCUUGCUUCACAUUUUACAAAAGACGAUUCAGAAGUCAUUGACCAAGCUUCUCUCAAGGAUGGUCAGAUUCUUGUUCGUACUUAUUACUUGUCCUUAGAUCCUUAUUUAAUCAUGCCCAUGGGAAAAGCAGGUGUUCAUGGGGAUGUUGUUCCUCAAAACGCUUCUCUCAAGCUUUCACAAUUCAAAGAUGCAUGGAAUGUCACUAAUCUCCAUGAACUGUUUGGAGGAAGAGGUGUUGGCAGAGUUCUUGCCUCCAAACACUCGUCAGUCUCGGUGGGUGACUUGGUUGCAGCCGACUGGAAGUGGCAAGAGUAUGCCAUUGUUGAUGUCAAUGACGAAUUAACUUUUGAAAAACUGGAACGUGAUAUUUUCAAUAAUCAUGACAAUGAGAAUCACUCUGCGCCUUUAUCGAAUGCUCUUGGAGUACUGAGCGUUUCUGGUUCUCAUGCCUUAUAUGGAUUUAAUUUUGUUAAGCCACGCGAACAAGUUAAAGGAAAAACCAUUGUCAUUAGUGCAGCUGCUGGUAAUAUUGGUAUUAUUGUUGGACAAGUUGCCAAGAUUCAUGGCAUGAGAGUGGUUGGAGUGGCAGGAGGUGCCGACAAGUGUCACUUUUUGUUGAAUUCACUUUCCUACGAUGCUGUAGUGGAUUACAAGAAAGCCAAUAAUAAUUUACAAUUGUUGAUUCAACAAAUUCGAGAGGCAUGUCCCAAUGGAAUUGAUGCUUACUAUGACAAUGUUGGUGGUCUCAUUACCGAAGCCGUGGAUCAAAACCUCAAUGAAAAUGCUCGUGUCUAUGUGUGUGGUGCCAUCUCAACCUAUGCCUCAGGAGGUCAAGUGACAAUCACGGAAAAGAGUGCCAAGAUUUAUGAGCAAAAGAACAUUGCAGCACAAACUUGUAUGACUGCGGAUUAUAUCACAAAAAUUCCAGAAGCGAGAAGACAAUUGUUUGAAUGGAUGAAAGAAGGAAAAUUGAAAGCAGUGGAGUGGAUAGUAGAAGGAAUUGAAAAUACUCCUCUCGCGUUUGAGCAAAUGUAUCAAGGUAAAAAUCUUGGUAAGAGUAUUGUGAAGGUUUUUGAUGAAAAAUAG